GUGCAGGAGCUGAUGGAGGCGCACCUGCCGCCGUGGCCGCGCGCGGCGCAGCUGUGCGACCUGUACCUGGAGCAGGCGCCGUGGUUCUUCGGGGCGGUGACGCGGCGGCAGCUCGUCGAGGAGGUGCUGCCGCUGUUCUACGCCGAGGCGGUGGAGUACCGCGCGCACGCGGGCGCGAGCGGCAGCGGGAGCAUCGAGGCGGGCGCGCAGCUGAGCAGCUCCGCGGCGGCGUUCGACCUGCAGCCCGCGCGCACGCCGGGGACGGCGCACGACCUGGCGCUGCUGUUCGUGACGUUCUGCUUCGGCGCGCUGACGGACGUCGAGCUGCCGCCCGCGCCGCACAACUCGGAGGCGGAGCAGUACUUCCAGCUGACGCGCGCGGCGCUGAACGCGGAGCCGCUGCUCGAGCGGCCGCCGAGCGUCGUGACGGUGCAGACGCUGAGCCUG